AUGGACAUUAUUAAACACAUUUUGGACAAAGAUUCUAGUAGUGAUGAUGAAGUUACAACUCUUCUAAACAAAACUAAUGAUGAGAAAAAAAAAAAAGGAAAAGUUUCUAGAAAAAAAUCAAUUUUAAAUGUAUCAAAAUUAGAUGAAAAUGAUGGCUCAUUAAAUAAAAACAUUUCAAACCCAUUUUUAAAAAUACACACUGAAAAUAUAACAAGCUCAAGUUCUGAUGAUGAAAGCUUUGUUUUAAAUUUAAUGAAAUCAAAAAAAUCAUCUGGCAAAAAAAACACCAUUCCAUUAGUAAAUGAUGAAGAGAAAAAGAAUAUUUUAAUAAAUCAAGUGUUGACUUCUAUAAAACGUAAAAAUAAAAAACAAAAACAAAUUUUACCUGUUUCACAGAAUAACUCAAAAGAAUCUGAAAGUAAAAAAAAACUUUUUAAAAAUGAUAAAAUAACAAAAGAUAAAUCUAUAGUUAAAACUAAAAAUAAAAAAGAUAAUCUAAAUAUCUUAAAAAACUCUAUUGGAGAACCAAAACCUUAUGUGCCAAACUUAAAUAUUUCCCAAAAAGUUGACUCAUCCCAAUUAAAUAUUCAACCUUCAUCCAAUGAGAGUACCGAUGAAGAAAAAGAUGUUAUUAAAAAAAUUUUGAAAAACCGAAAAUUUAAAAAAACUAAAAAAGUGUAUGUACCAGAGCAAUCUAUUCAAAUUAAUAUUUCAACAAAAUCAAACGAACGGAAUGAAAUCAAAGGAAAAUCAAAAUCCCAAAAUGUAUCAAUGGCAGAUGAAGUGAAGAGUAAUGAUAUAAAAAAAAAAAUAAAGAGACCUAGAGAAACUAAGGAUAACUUUUUAGAUUCUAUAAUAAAUGCUUUAGAAAAUUCAAGUGAUGAUGUCCCUUCUAAAAAGAAAAAAAAGGAUCAUAAUUUGACUAUUGAAAAAUCACAUGGAUCUAAAGAUAAAAAUUUGGUUGGUAAUUUAUCCGAGGUUAAAAUUAAGAAAAAGAAAAAAUCCAAACAUAAAGACAAUGAUAGCUUAAUUGAUUUAAUUUUAAAAGAUAAUAAAAAAAAAACUAAUGAUUCAUGUUUUGAAUCUUUGCCAAAAAAUAUUGAAGCAAAAGUAGACAAUACACUUUUAAAAGUUUCAAAAAAAAAAAAAAAAAAAAAAGAUCCGGUUUUCUAUGAAACACAAAGUUCUAUUACUGACCAAUCAAGUAAAAUAAUUGAUAAACUGGAAGAUAAUAAUGUAAAACUUAAAAAUGCUGGAUCAAGUAAGAAAAAGACUAAAAAACUUGUGGAAAAUCAAAUGAAUAAUUUUAUGUUAACUCAAGAUCAUAAAAAUUUGGAUAAUUUGUAUGAAUUACUAAGCAUCCAUUUGACUCAAUCUUAA